UAAACUUGUAUAAUUAUAAAAUGUAAACAUACUUCGAGAUAGAAAUAACACUGAUAACAAAUGUGACCUCGACAUUAAAUUGUUAAUUAAGAUGAGAUUAGAGCCAAGAAAAUUUAAGUUUUUUUCUCAAUCUAAAAUUUUGGAAUCCCCUUUUCGUAGGAAAACAAAGAGAAUCGUGAUAUAUAAACCUCGCUGCUGUUAUCAUUCAACACAGUUCAUCAACUGCUUUAAUUGAACAAGUAGUAAAAGAACAAUUUAAAAAAUGAAUUCUGCUUUGUUAAUAGCUUCUCUUUGUUUCGUUUCGGCUGUUAUUGCCCUUCCAUAUCCCGAUAUAGUAGCAAAUGAGGAUGGUGAACUUUAUCAAUUGGUACCUUUGGAACGAGUUAGAAGAGGAAGUGUGUAUGGAAACGUUGACAUCACAGAUCCAGGUAAUUACAUUGUCGGUACAAAAAAUACACCAAUUGAUAACAAGAAUCAUAGAUUGGAUACGCAUGUUUUUGCCACCGAUAACAUCCGUCAUCAUAAUCCUUUAACCGUCGGUGGCGAAGCCAGCUAUUUACAUAAACCAACUGCAAGUACAGCACAUUUAGAAGCCACUCAUACUGAAAAAUGGGGCACCGAUUUAAAAGCAUCUGGAAGAUACAACUUUUUCCAAGAUAAACAUAGCAAUGCUAAUGUUGAAGCUUUCGGUUCAAAACAUUUGGGAGGGUUUGGAAAGCAACCUACCGAUUAUGGAGUUAUGUUUAAUUAUAGAAGAGAUUUUAAUUAAACUUAAGUUUUAUACUUUUUAUAAUAUUCAUUGGUUGUAAUAAAUAUUAGUUGAAUU